UUCCGCUUUGAGGCUUAACUCAGUUCCAAGAAAAAGAGAAAAAAAUAAAAAUAUAGAGAGAGAAUGUGAAGAAUGAGAUGCCAAUACGUCGGAUGACAGGGGGUAUUUAUACUUGUAGAAGGGUAUUGUCGGGUCAAGAUGACUCAAGUUUGGAAAUUAGGUCUUGUCGAGCGCUAAUGGCUGGCUGAUAUAUCAGCUUGAUCGCAUGUGUGUCAAGUGCGUUAAACUAGCAAGGCCGGGGUAAGCUUGAUAAAUCAGAAUAAUAUGCCGGGUCAACCUGGCGCAAAUGACUGAAUUACCCGAUGGUUUUGGCCUUGGGGAGCAUAAAAUGCUCUCAUCAGUUUCCAAAUGGAAUUUACACCUGAAAUUUGGAUUGGAGAGGCAGUCUUGUAACUUUGAAUUCAAUUCUUCUUUUUCCGGUUACAUUCAAACUUCUUUCUCUGAUUGACCAUUUCUCUAAUUUACUCGUCAACCAAACUGCCUAACGAGAAGCAUUUACGAAACAAAUGCCACGUGCAACAACUAACACUAUAACCGUUAAGAUUCUCUAACUUUCAGAGCUUUAAAAACCUACCAGAGGAAGCCAAAAUAAAACGCAAAGGCAAACGCCCAUUACUUCUUUCUUUCUCCAUAAUCUCUCAUUCAGAAUCUCCACCGACACAAGUUCCUUAAGGUUAACGAUGAUGCGUGUUGCUUUCUCCAAAGAAUCAAAUUUCUUCUUUCUUACACACCACCUUGCUCAAAUGGGUUGAGCUUUCGAUAUAUAGUUUUUCCAGACAUAAAAGCGGUUGUUUUGUUCUUUUUUUUUUUUUUGUGUGCGUGUCUUUUCUUUCUUCUCCUGUUUUUCUUGACAGCAUGUUGAGAAUCGAAGUGGAGGAUUUCGUUACUCCAAGGGCUUCUUUGGAGAAGCCAAGGAGGUCUAUCUCAUUGCCACUGCCAUCCCUGGUCGGUAUCAAUGGUUUCUCUCUUAAACAUUUCUCUUAUUCUAAGCUUCCCGAAGAGCCCAUCAAGCUCUCCGUUCAGAAAUUGGAUGGCUCUUCCUUUGAUGUUGAAGUUACAAAGUCGGCUAACAUUGCCGAGCUCAAGCUGGCAGUGCAAGAUGUCUUUAGUCAUAUGCCAAAGAAAGGUCCUGGCAAGAUUUCAUGGCCGCAUGUUUGGGGACAUUUUUGCUUGUACUAUGAUGGUCAGAAGUUGGUCGUAGACACUGACCAUAUCAUAAACUAUGGCAUCAAGGAUGGUGAUCAGCUUCAUUUUAUUAGGCAUGUCACCUCCAGCUAUAACCUGACAAAGAUUCGAUCAAAGAGAAGGAUUGUUGCUCGAAAGCAAUCAUAUCGGUCAAUAUCAAGCUCAACUAGUUCUUUAGAGAGUGAACAGAACGAUGAAGAAGAUGAUGAUUAUGAUGAUAUGGAGAAUGGAAGAUAUCAGAGUCUCAAAGAUAAGAAACAAACUAUGAUUGUACAACAAGAAUGCCAGUUUGGCCACUUAUGGAGAGGUCGGUCGUCAUAUUCAAGGAUGCCAACUAUUAGAAGAACAGGAUCUAGUAAUGGCAAGGUUUGCCACCCUGGAUAUGGUUGUAGUUUCUCAGGGAAUUUUAGGAAAAUCUUACAGCUUUGGGGUAGUGCAAACUAUCCUCUAAAGCGUGCAUGA